GUGUGCAGCCGAACCUGGCUGGGAAGCUGGUUCGAGUGAGCGCCCUGGUGAGGAGUCAGAAGAAAGCUCACUUUGUCCUGUCUCUCGGGGACGGCUCCCCAACUGGCAGCCACGUGUCCAUUGUCGUGCAGGCUGCCACAGACAUAUUAGAGACAUACUGUCACCCUAGAUGAGCCCAGGGGAUGUCUUCUGUGAUGGAGGAGCUGAGAUCAUCAUCUCUUGGAAAUAAAGGACUGGACCCUGGUUCAGGGUAACUGCCAUGCCAGGCAGCAGGGGAUGAGAGGCUACUGAGCAGUUACCGGGGCCCCGCCGGAGAGGGCUUGGCGCCGGGUGACAUGGGUCUGACCUCCUCAGGUAGGGCUCUUGUCUUCAAAGAGGAGUAGAGGACACAGAGCCCUGGUGACCUGCUGUAGUGACCUCGGGGCGCAGGGGGGCCAGACAGGCAGGGCUCGCGGUCCACGUGCAGAUCCUGGCAUUCAGACAGAGGAAGGGAAGGGGCGUCUGAAUACAGGAGGAGGGGCUGUGAUGCUUGCCGUCCCAGUGAGAUGGGAGUCUGAGAGCAGAGGGCAGCGGGGGACGAGCAGAAGCACUGCUGUGCGUUUGCUGGCCCCUGGCUCCACACAAGCAGAAACCGUCAGGCAGGUCUUAGCACCGGUGACUUAGGGGUGGCAGCCAAGGACUCAACCUGGUUCUGGGGUAGAAGUGGAGAUCUAUGAGGCUCGAGUGUCCUGGGUCAGUGGGCUUUGAAGCCCCUGCGAGCGGCAGCAUGCUGUGUGGGGCCUGUGGGAGGAGUACGCCCCACAGGGUAGAUUUGGGAACCGUCCUUCUUCCCCUUGUGCUGAAAUCGCUCAACAAGUGCGUUCUGCAGUCUGUAUGACACCCUGCUGUCUGCGGCUGGUUUUCUCUCCGUACUUUGACGGUUCUCAUUUUCCUGUAAAAUUGAGUCUUCAGCAGCUCAUUGCUGGGUUUUCCCCCUCCUCUUGACUCUCCCGUUUCUGUGUCCUGUGGUCCGUUUCCAUCCCAGCCGGUGUUCUCGCUGCCUUACUCAUCUGAGUUCUGAGCGCUUUCGUGUUGCUGCUCCUGCUGGAAUCGUCCCCCACGCCCCCAACUUGGGCAAACCACAGACGCCGUUCAGGACCCUGUGUGGGCCUCAGUUCUUCCACUGGGUCUACCCGCUCAUUCCCACCCAUCCUGAGCUGUCUGUCCCCGAAACCUUGCCCAGUGUGUGUGGUUUUUGUUUACUUGGUCAUAUGCAAUUCCACAUCGCUACGUGAGUUGGUAGCCCGGUGGGCUGAGAUAGGCUGAGAAAGAGGGACCAGCCUGUUGUAUUUCUUUCAUGUCUGUCCCCUUCCCAACUCUCUAUGUACCCCGUAGGUAUCGGUUCAAUAGAUGAAAGUGACUUGUAUGCUGCAGGGUGGGAUGGGGAAAUGCGAAAGCCAGCCGUCAUGGGUGGAAAGUUUCUGUAUUUUGGAGGAUGUUGUAGGGAUGGUUUAUGUCUGGAGGGAAGCACUGGGGGUUAUUUGGGAUUGCCUGUGAGAGGGAGGUGAUCCGGAAGGGUAAGAAUGACUUGUCAGUGCGUGCAGAGGCCAAGGCAGAACUCAGAGGAGAGAACUCACGAGGAGCGGGUCGUUGCGGUCAGAUCGCGAUGGGGAGAGACUCUGGCAGAGGGGCAGUGUCAUAGGCAGCGUCUCAUAUGCCGUGUUGCCUGCCCCCGCACGAGCCAGAUCCCCGCCCAGCUGGUGUGGCACCGAGCCCUUUGGCCUGGUAGGUCCUAUGUGCUGACAGCGCUGCGGGUCGUCAGAAUCCGUGGACACUGUUACCGCGUGUGGACCACCAGUCCUUCCUCCCACCUGCUGCCACUGAAACCGGAAUGUGUGCGAGAGCUGGAGCUGGAGCUGGAUGGGCCCCUCUUGGAGGCUGACCCCAUGCCGCCCCCCGUGCCCAGCAGCUCCCAGGAUGGGGAUGGGGAGCCGGCUCUUGUCCGCCACUCGACGCUUUUAUCCUACUCGGGAAAGGUCACUGGCGUGCUGAGCCAGCCGGCCGGCCUCUAUGAGAUGGAUGGGCAGCUGGCGCUCUGCCUCGCCUACCAGCAGUUCCACAGCCUGAGGAAGGUGGUGCGGCCGGGGGUCUCCCUGGAGCUCCAGGAUGUUCACCUCCUGCAGUCAGUGGGCGGAGGGACCAGAAGGCCAGUGCUCGCCCCCUGCCUCCACGGUGCCAUUCUCCUGCGGGGCUUCUCUUGUCAGAAGCCCGAGACUCAGUCUUUCUACCAGGCCCAGGGGACCUCCCUGUUCGAGCAGCUGGUAUGGGAACGCCAGUUAGGCCUCCCCCUGUACCUGUGGGCCACCAGGGCCCUGGAGGAGCUGGCCGGCAAGCUGUGUCCCCACAUGCUGAGACACCACCAGCUCCUGCAGCACUCCACUCCGGGGAACCCCAGCCCAGGACUGCAGCUCCUGGCUCCUGUCCUGGAUGUCCUGUCCCCACCAGGCAGCAUGCGUCGGAACGCACACAAGGAGAUCCUUGAGGAGCCGCAUCACUGUCCGCUGCAGAAGUACAUGCGGCUGCAGACCCCCUGUUCUUUCCCUACUCUGGCCACCCUGAAAGAUGAGGGCCGGUGCAGGGCCUGGGCCGCCUUUGACCCCAAGACCCUCCUGCCCCUCCCGGAGUCGUCUUAUCUGACCAGCUGCCAGCUCAAUCAGCGAGUGUCCUGGUCCUGGCUCACUCUGUUGCCUGCCACCUCCCACCCAGCCCAGAUUUUAAUUGGGGUCCUGGCGGCUUCAUCUCAUAAAGGCUGUCUGCAACUUCGGGACAAAACUGGUUCUCUCCCCUGCCUCAUCCUGGCCAAGCACUCUCAGCCCGUCACUGACUCCCGGUUUAUAGGUUGCUUGGUGCGGACAGAGAAGUUCCAGCUGGUCAUAGAGAGGAAUGUCAGAAGCAACUUCCCUUCCUGUAAGGAGCUGAGCAUGACAGGCUUCAUCCAGAAGCAGCAGGCCAGAGUCUAUAUCCAGUUCUUCCUGGCCGAUGCCCUGAUCCUGCCUGUGCCCAGACCUUUGCUGCACUCGGCCACCUCCCUCCCACCUCAGGCAGAGCCCACCCUCCCAGAUGGCCCCCAUGUAGAGCAGAGCCGACUGUUCUUGCUGUCCCACAAGGAGGCCCUGGUGAAGAGGAACUUUUGUGUCCCCCCAGGAGCUAACCCAGAGGUGCCCAAGCCCAUCCUCAGUUUCCACGUAUCGGGGAGCUGGCUUGGGGGCACCCAGAGGAAGGAGGGGAGUGUGUGGGGCCCACCCGAGCCCAAAGGAGAGGAGAAUAAGGAUCAGAAGGUUCUCUUAAUCUUCCGGGGCUCCUCCGUCCGCUGGUUUGAGUUCUUGCACCCAGGUCAUGUGUACCGACUCGUGGCUCCGGGCCCUCCUACCCCACUGCUGUUCGAGGAGGGCGGGCCAUCCUGCAUCCCACAGCGUCCCCUGGAGCUGGCCGGCUAUGCGUCCUGCCUCACGGUGCAGGAGGCGUGGACUCUGGAGCUCGAGAGUGGCCCGGACGUCCCGGCUGUGCUGGACACCAGCAGGGCCCUGCCUAAGACCUCGAUGGACGACCUGCUCAGUGGCAACUCCGCCGAUUGCCUGGUGUCUUUCUCAGCUGAGAUCUUGUCACGGAGCCUCUGUGAGCCAUUUCCGGCCCCUUUCUGGGCAAAGCCUGGGGGCACUCGGACCUCGAGAGCAUCUGUGAAGCUGACCGUGGCCGUGGAGGACGCUGACUGCCCAUGCCGCCCACACUUAGACAUCUAUAUCAAAGAGCCACACUUGCCUCCCCCACUAGGACUCCUGCCGGGAGCCCGAGCCUACUUCGGCCAGCUGGAGAAGAAGAUUUCCAGAUUCCACAAUAUUUACUGUUGUUUCCGGCCGUCCACUUACCUGCAGGUCCUGAGUUUCCCCCCCGAGACCGCAAUCAGUGCUCCCCUGCCCCACAUCUUCCUGGCUGAACUCCUGCAGGGUGGCCGGCCCCCCUUCCAGGCCAGUGCCUCUUGCCAUAUUGUUUCCGUCUUCAGCCUUCAGCUCCUGUGGGUGUGUGCUCACUGUACCAGCCUCUGUCCCCAGGGAAGGUGCACUCGUCAGGGCUCCACUUGCCCCACACAGACAUCUAUAAGCCAGGCCAGCAUCAGGCUCCUGGUGGAGGAUGGGACUGCCGAAGCCGUGGUGACCUGUAGGAAUCAUCAUGUGGCAACAGUACUGGGUCUGUGUCCCAGUGAGUGGACUUCCCUCCUGGAGUCUGUCCGAGGCCCGGGGAAGGUGGCCUUGCAAUUUACAGGUCCUGGAGCCCAGCCUGAGUCUUCCGCCAGGGUGGAUGAGCCCUUGACCCUCUUCCUCCGGACACUGUGUACCAGCUUCUCUGUUCUCCGGCCUGUUGUGCUUUCUUUUGAGCUUGAGAGGAAGCCUUCUAUGGUCAUCCCGUUAGAGCCACCUCAGCUACAGCGGUUCCAGUGCGGGGAGCGGACUCUUCUGACUCGUGUGAAUCCCAAGAUCCGACUGUCCUGCCUUUCUAUCCAGGAGCCCAAGCACGCCAGCUCUCUGGGAGCCUUUUCUUUGUCCUGCUGACCUGGACGGCAGUGGGGCCCUGCUGGAAGCCUUGAGGCCCUGAGCCCCUCUCCUCCCCGUCGUUGUGCCCUUACCUGGUCUGUGAUGGCACCAGGACCCCAGGUCCCCAAAUUCAGAAACUGCUACCCUUCUGUGACAUGUCCUUCCCAUUCUGUUGCCAGCUUGCCUGGAAAUUGUUGAGAUGGGCAGAUGACGGCACUGUUGAUGGUCCCUCUCUAGUUGGGGUCAGGGUAUUGGCCCCAACGGGAGGGGCCCUGAGUACCUGGGUUCUGCCUUUGGGGGUGUUUGUGGCAGGCCUCUUGGCCCGCAAUAAAGCUCUGGUGAUGUA